AGUGGAUUCAUUUCAACAUGCAUCAGAAUUGCGAAAUUGUUGAAGAGCGUGGAACCAACGAAGUACAAAACGGCGGUCUUCAUGAUGACGAAAAAAACGGUUUAGACCUGACUAGAAACGUUGUAAUUCACCGAUUGACUGCCAAACAUGACGAACGUCCGAAUCUCGACAGCAAACAUCGAGUUUUGAUAUUCGUGAAAGGCUUGGAUCAUCCGUUUUCCGAUGGUCCAGCACCCGUUCCUUGCAAAAAUAAUGUCGCGGGUGCUUCUGACAACAAAAAGAGCCAAAUUUCAAUACCCGAAGCAGAUGAAACCGCCGACAAAGAAUAUUGCGGAAAAAACUCAACGCGGAGUAACGUCGAGGGUGAGAAAGCGAAACCGUCGAACGGAGCUUCGAGAAUUACAAAUGCGACUGACGAGGAGAAAGACGUUAUCUCCAACGAUACACACCACCUUCAUACCGAGAAGAAGAACAGUUCUGACGUAAGAAAGUUUGUCGUAGCGCACCUAUCGAGUCCCAAUCACGAGGGACAUCGAAAUCAUGUUCAAAAGUAUCGAACUUCAAUUCUUGUGGAAAGCUGCAGACUGCGUCCAUCAAACGACGGUUCACCUCUCGACGACUUGGGAGCGGAUAAGUUGGACACAAAGUUUUGCUGCUGUAAUGGCGGUUUUGUCACCGAUGAAAAAAUCAGCACGAAAGCAUCAAAAUCCGCAGAUAAACCUGAACGAAAACGCGGGGAUAAAAGUAUUUACAAAAACGCCGAAGGUUCAGCGGUGAAAUUUUCAAACGGAAUCUCAAGAAUUAUCUUAGCCCAGAAAACGAGUUAUCCGCAGUUACAGAAUGAAAAAGCGAAAACGCCAGGUGACGAUGUGUCGAGCACGGAAACAAGCAUCAAUAAUAAACAUGAGGUGAAGCCUAUAGAGUCAGACUUUGAAGACGAUUGCGUUUUGUCAUUCGCUGACAAUUUCUUGGCCACUGUUAUCAUUGCUCCGAUGGUAAUUGGUCACUGGAGGGGCUACUGGACCUUGAUGGACUUGUAUUUUAAAACGUUUCCAGCGUGGGGCAGUAUUUUCGUGGGUUCGAUGAUCCAGACAAUUCUCUCGGUUUUCAAGUACCGCUUAGACGAUACCUUCGCGAAGGAAAUACCCGUGAAAAAUGUUUUCACUCGAUUGGGAUAUCGCAUUCUGCGAAUGGUAUAUACGUGCAUUUUCACCACAGGUUGCAUCAUGCAAUGGCGAGGGGCAUGGACUGUUUUCAUUGACUUUACUGUCUACGAGUGGAUCACGAAUUGCGCCACUGGCAUCUGCUUGGUUGUCUUGAUGCUGCUGCGUUGCAUCCGAGGUCUCUUGAGUUCGCCUUUCACGGUGGGAAUCGAUAAUCGUGAAUACACGUUCAAGUUCCCCACGAGAUUCAACGUGAACACAAGAGAUUGGUCCCUCUACAUCUUGGACUGCGCUUUCAGUGUCGGAAUUGUAGGGACGCUGGUCGUAUUUGUCUGGCGAGGUGUUUGGGCCAGUUUCGACUUGUACCUGUUCCCGGACAACGCUGAAUACUCAGCUGUUGGAUCUGUAGUGAUCGGCUACACUUUUGUAGUGAUUACAUUUUCCCUGCAGCCGAUAAUGUGUUGCGUCUGCGACCGACUCAAAGGACUUCCUCGACUUAUAGCCGCCGACAUAUUCAUGCUGCUCAGUUUCGUGGCGACAGUAAACGUAUGGCGAGGAGUAUGGAAUGUCUUGGACCUCUGGUUCCUUCCCGAAGAUCCCGAACUUUCCUGCUGGAUAACGCACCUCGGCUGCUUUGUAUUCCUGGUUCUCCUUAACUGCAGCAACUCCAUUCUCGUACGGGGUGUUUACAUAGACGGAUAUGAAGACGGCGGACAGUGCGUCGUAUUCCCGUGCCAUUACCUCAGGCUCUUCUUUAAGAUUGAGAGAGAGAAAAAAGCAGCCAGGAGACAAAAUCUCGUUGUGGCCUCGAGGGACUUGGCAACGAUUAGAGAACGCACUGGGAAGGAGGAAAAUGGGAUCCUCAUAAACACCCCUAAUUCGGGAAUCGCUGCAGAGAAUCCCGAGUCGCUCGUCUAGAGUUAUAUUGAUCAGCUACGGAUCUCUGCCCCCAACUUUUCUGCCAGUUUAUCAGCCCGCGAACUUCCGGCCAAAGCAUUACGAGCAUGAAAGUGUCGAAGCAACGCGUCCUUCAAAUGUAAGAGCGGUCCAUUUGCGUGAAAAAUGUUGGCCGAGCAACGAGACAAAGUGUUGGGACGACCGUCGGUCAAUGAGAUGUAUAGUAUUAUGAGCUCGCCCAAGUCAGGUGAUUUUCUUUUUGUUAUUUCGUUAUUUUCUUUUCUAAUGCAAACUUAAUGUUACGUACGUUUCAUUCGAAAAUCACGAAUCACAUGGCAUCGUCAAAACACUUUAUCAGGUAUUGGAGGCGGGUAUGACAAGAGUAUAUAUACGUGGUAUAUAUACGGUUGAAAAUAUACAGUAUAACAAAAACUCGAAGAUCUAAAGUAUGGCUUCCGGCUUGUUAUUAUUUAUACGCUUAAAUGAUUGAUGGUUGAAAAUAAGAGUAUAAAUUGCUACAACAGAUAAUGGCUAACAGGUGUAAUAUUGAGGUAGCAUGUUGAAGAACCGUGGUGUAACAAAAUUCGAUUAAAUAACGAUUAAAAAGUACCAAAGCUAAAUUUAAGUGUGCUUGAGUGACAGUGCUACGUUCAAACUAUAUGAAUAAAAUAUUUAACACAAUUUAUAAAUUGGAUGUUUAUCUUAUCAUUUAGACGGAUUUAUAAGAAGCUAUAAAUCACGGUCUAGAUAAUCGUAAAAUUGAAUUUACGUUAAAUUCCAUCGUAUAGCGGUAAUUAAUAUACAUAUAUGUAUAUACUAUAAUACGUGUAAUUAGUACUAUGAACGGCAGUAUUCUCAUCGCUGAUUCCUAAUAAUACCAGCCAAAGAAUUUACUUCCAAAUUUCGUAGCUUUUUGUGCCGCGUGCAGUCAAGAGAAAAAAAAUACACGAAAGAAAGAAACAAAUU